AUCCCUGGUUGCUGGUUCUGUAAACCUAAUCCUAACUUCAGUAGCUAACAGUCCCUCCCUGCAUUCUACUCUCACUCAUCUCAAUCUCCGAUUGCCGUCGUCAACUCUCCGGCGACUCCGAUGUCUCGUAAUGCAUGAAUGAAUGAUAGAUUCAAUCAAUAACUCAAAUUCACACGCACUUUGUUCAUCGCCAUGCUUUCUCGAUUAAUUCCCAAACCCUCUCAUUUCCGUCGCUUCCUCUCUCUUCCCCCGAAACGACCCAAUUUCACCCUUUCACCCAUCAAUCCCUAUUUCACCGUCGUUCCGAAACGCUUCUCCUCUAACAGCAGCGACAACGGAGAUGGCAAGGACCCAUUUUCUUCCCGUGCAUGGAAGGGUUUUGGGGAGAGCGAAGAGAAGUUUGAUGCUUUCUUCGCGGAAGAGAGUGGAAGCCUCGCCGGAAUGAACGACGCGGAGGGGGAAGGCAUUGGGGGUAGAGUGGAGAAAGAGGAGGAACAGGUUUGGUUGCAAGAGAAGGGUCUUGAUGAUUUCGCACCUUGGAGCUUGAAGGAGGAGGAGGAGAAAGGUGAUGUGUUUGAUUUUCAUGAGGAUGUGAGGCAGGAAGGAGACUUCAGUGCUGUGGACAUUAAACCAAAAGUGGAUGUGGAGAAGCUUCAGAAGGAAGAGCAAGCGCUCACUGCCGUUCUCAAAGGCCCAGAACGCGCGUUUGGUGAUCUGAUUGCUGCUUCUGGAAUCACGGAUGAAAUGCUUGACAGUCUGAUUGCAUUGAAAGACUUUGAAGGGGUUGAUGGGUUACCCCCUCUUAGUGUACUUGAAGACAUGCGCUAUGAGAAGAGUAUUAGAAGAUCCACCAGAGCAGAAAUGGAGCGUCUAAAGCAAGAGGAAGCUGCAAAAGCAAGAGUGAAACAAGUUGAUGAGAAAGGGCGUGCUUAUGGAACAGGAAGAAGAAAAUGCAGUGUAGCCCGUGUCUGGGUUCAGCCUGGUAAUGGUAAAUUUGUAGUUAAUGAUAAAGAGUUUGAUGUUUAUUUCCCUAUGCUUGAUCAUCGAGCUUCUCUCCUCCGACCAUUCUCUGAGACAAAGACUUUGGGGCUAUGGGAUGUCAGUUGUACUGUGAAGGGAGGUGGUGUUUCAGGGCAAGUUGGAGCUAUACGAUUAGGGAUUAGCAGGGCCUUGCAAAACUGGGAACCAGAUUUGCGACCUGCACUUAGAAAUGCUGGUUUCUUGACGAGGGACCCACGAGUGGUGGAAAGGAAAAAGCCAGGAAAAGCCAAAGCAAGAAAAAGUUUCCAAUGGGUCAAGCGUUAAUACUACCAGCAUCUUUCCCUGCAUGGCCAUUUUUUUAUGGAAUAUUAGCAUGCCUCAAUAACAUCUUCAAAUUCGUUUUUCUUGUACUGCAUCACCUCCGGUGUAAUCAACGUUUGAAUUCCAAUGACUCAUACCUUAGAAAAUUUUGUUCACGCCGGAUUUUGAUAUGUUACGAUUCAUUCACUCUUUGGAGAGAG